AUGGCGACCUCCAUGGAGCAUUGCUGCAGAAUUCCUACAUACGUUGAACAGAAACCUACAAAGACCAUAUCACGUAAUGUUAAAAUCGGCACACACCGGGCACGCGGACAAGAGCCUGAUCAAGAACGUGCAACUCUCACAACUAACAAUCAAAACAAAGCAAAGAAUGGCACCCACACUGCAUCACACAAAAGGAAAAAAAAACAAGAAAGGUCUAGGCAAAGAAGCAGCUUUCUUGAUGACUUGCACAGGACAAAUGUGACAUCAAUAAUAAACUUCCUACGGAAAGCAAUAGGAUCUCAACCAACAAAGAGGCCUCGGGAGUCAAGCUCAUCGUCUGAAACAACGCAGACACUCCCAGCAAAAAAGGCACAGACGGAAGAACCACAGCAGUGGGAAAGCCCACGUUUUCAUGAAGAGGAAACUAUCAAGUGA